AUGCUCUCGAUCCCGGCAUUCACUGUCAACCCUCAAACACCCUCCACACCCACAGCCAUCGACUCCGACCACGAAUACCCCGUCCAACCCGGGGCCUUCGAAACGCAAUAUAGAUAUCCCAUCGACCGGCCCCGCUACGGACCCUACAAGCAGGACCCGGUCACCCCGGAAGCAGACCAAACGCCCAUGCCAACGAACUACCAAAUCCAUGCCCCGAGGCCGGUCCUGCCUAUCAACGCAGAGAACCAGACUGGCCCAACAGGAAAGGAAGAAGUUCUCGACGCAAGCAUCAAAGCAAGCCUCCACUACACAGACUCCCGCAACGCAUUCCUCAUCGAGUGCAAGAGACGCGGUCUGUCGUACAAGGAUAUCAAGCGGAUGGGCGGCUUCAAGGAGGCUGAGUCGACGCUUCGUGGUCGGUUCCGCACUCUUACCAAGGCGAAGGAGCAGCGGAUUCAAUUGCUUUGCAAAGCCGUCGCCAUUUUCACGGAUAAGUCUUUCAGCGAGUAUGUCGCCGAUACUCGGACUCAUGGUGCGGCUACGGCGCAUAUGCAGCAGAUGCAGGUCCAGGUUCAGCUGCAGCAGCCGCCGAAGGUUUCGUGGAAGAAGGUUGCGCAGUACAUCUGGAAUAAUGGGGGUUCGUAUCAGUUUGGGAAUGCGACGUGCAAGAAGAAGUAUUGUGAGAUUCAUGAUAUUUCUUACUGA